CUUGCAGCACCAGCGCUUAAAGCAACACACUAACAACACUUAUCGUAAACUAGAAAAACGAUAGACGCUUCAACAGGGAAAUCAAACGAAAGUUGCCUAAACUAUAGAGUUGGUUUGCCUUUCAAAGCCUCUUUAUAUUUGUGAAAUUAUAUUUUAUUUUCAGAUGGUACCGUUUUCCACAUUUAUUUAAAAAUCUGUGGCAUUUGGCUUUUAUUUUUAAAAAUUAUUUUGGUACUUUAUGCUUAACAAACAGGGAAAAAAAACUUUAGUUCUUCUACAAAGGUUUUAUUUUGUAAGGAGUAACCGGAAUUAUGCAUUUCUAGCUUUCUCGACUAGCCCAGUGGAGUGAUGUCGACAUUGCUUUACGUCGCAGCCGGAGCUGUUUCUUUAUAUGUGAUAGUGUAUUACGCUGUGUUCCGAGGAGUGAGAUGUGUAAGUUCAGUGAAGCUGAAGGGGAAGACGGCCAUUGUUACAGGAAGCAACACUGGCAUUGGCAAGGCCACAGCUCUGGAUCUGGCAAAGAGAGGAGCCAGGGUGAUCCUGGCUUGCCGUAACAAGGAGAAAGCUGAGGCUGCUUCUUUUGACAUCCGCAGAGAGAGUGGGAACAAUGAUGUGGUUUUUAUGCAGUUGGAUCUGGCAAGUCUAAAGUCUGUGAGCAGUUUUGCUGAAACCUUCCUGAAGACUGAACCCAGACUGGACAUUCUUAUUAACAAUGCAGUAUAUACACUGUGUUCAGGUGUGAUGGGUCCAGGACGUACUGAGGAUGGCUUUGGUCUAGCACUUGGGGUGAACCACCUGGGUCACUUCCUGCUCACCAACCUUCUCCUGGAGCGACUGCAGCAGUGUGGUCCUAGCCGUGUGAUCACUGUGGCUGCACUUUUGCACCGCUUUGGAAAGAUUGACUUCCCUCUGUUGGCUUCCAAGAAAGAUUUAGUGUCGGGUCAGUCGACCUGGCACAACUUUCAAGCCUACUGCAACAGCAAGCUGUGUAAUGUGCUCUUCACCAGGGAGCUGGCCAACAGGCUGGAGGGCACUAGUGUCACCUGCUACAGCUUGCACCCAGGAGUCAUCUACACAGAAAUAUGUCGCAGUUUGAGUUUUUGGCAGCAGCUCCUCAUCAUGCCCUUUGCCAAGCUCUUCUUCAUGGACCCAGAGGGGGGGUCCCAGACCACCCUGUACUGUGCCCUGCAGGAGGGCAUUGAGCCUCUCAGUGGACGCUACUUCUCUAACUGUGCACUGCAACAAGUGGGAGCCAAGGGACGAGAUGAUGCCCUGGCAAAGAAGCUGUGGGAGGUGAGUGAGAGGUUAACGUUUCACUGAGUGUCUAAACAAACUGAAAUGUUACUCUGCCCAGUGUGAAGAAGAAAACUAUUGUGGGUAAAUGCCCCAUCAGGACAGAAAAUGGCACAGUAAAAUGCAUUCUUGUGCUUGAAAAAGAUGGUGCUUGCAGCUUGGUGAAGCUGUUUGGUAUUAACUAGUGUUUCCCAACCAGUGUGCCGCGGCACAUAAGUGUGCCAUGAGAAAUCAUCAGGUGUGCCAUGGAAGAUUAUCCAAUUUAACCCGAUUGGUACUCUAAGUGAACGGCGUGUAGUGACAGGCAGGACAAUUACAUGCUCUUCCACUAGAGGCACUCAAUACGAAAGUACAUAGUCAUGCUGCAAGUGAGACAACUCAAAAAGGUUGGGAAACACUGAACUAGACAAUACAUUUGCACAGUUUGUACCAUCUACUUUGUCUCACAAAUUUCUGCAAACCAUGCCAUGUGUCUUGUGGAAUAGUUUCUGUUAUAGCAAAAAGGGGUUAAAAUUAAGUAAGAUAAAAAUAAAUAAAUAAAUAAAUAAACAACAAUAAUGGUGCAACACAGCUAAUAUGAUACUUUGACAGCUCUGUGCUGGGCUGCAUAGAUGUCUUUUCCCUCAAAUAUUACCCUGCCAAGUUUUGUCAAAUUCACAUCAAAAUCCCAAAGCUGCAAUCUACUCAGUACCUCAACAUGGAUUUUCUCCACCUCCAUGACAAAUGCAUUGAUUGUAGAAGUUUUUUGGUUUAGAAAUGUUGAAAUUUCAGUGUGAUUUUGCCACAGUUUGAGAUGUUCAUAGGUCCAACUUCCAUAGCUCCAACAAAAAGUAUCUGGACUUCAGUUUUUUCAGGUUUUUGUUGUUGUUGUUUUUACAUACUACUGCACUACAGUUUCUGUGAGUUGGGUCUUUAAUUUUUUAAGUUUUAGUUUUGUCUUUCACUUGUAAGUUGCUUGAUAAAUUGAAGUAAUCUGACUGUAAUCUACAGUAACUUGCAUUAAUACAUUUAUUAUACAUACAUUUACAUUAAAUUUGUUAAUAUUAAACAUGUAUUAAUAACUAGAGUGGCCUUCAUAUAAUUACAUGAGGUAAAAUGUAAUUUAAAAAUGUAAGAUUAUAUUCUCUGCUGUUAAAGAUUUGAAUGAGCCUGUUGUGUUGCACCUGUGCUAAUAAAGUUUGUUCAUCCCUGA